ACAUCCAGCGGACUUGCAGAGAGAGAGAGCGAGAGAGAGAGAGAGAGAGAGAGAGAGAGAGGGGGGGAGAGAAAGAGGAGAAAGCAGGAGAGAGAUACGUGGAGGUUGUGUUGCUCUGCCUUUUUUUUUCUCCUCUUCCCACUGCGCCGUGUUGUCUUUCACUGACUGCUCCGCGCGCGACGGCGGCGGUUCCAACUCUUUUCUCUUCCCUCCCCGUGCGCGCUCGACUCGGCCGGGUUUUCUUCUUCUCGGGUUCUCGCGGUUUUUUCUUCUUUUUUUUUCUUCUCCUUCAUCAUCUUCUCCUUUACGCACCCCUUUUUUCCCCGGGACGUUAUUCGCGGCGUGACUCGGUUCGGCGGUGGACAUGUCUUUCCCCCAGCUGGGCUACCCGCAGUAUCUAAGUGCCUCCCAGGCAGUGUACGGCGGCGACAGGCCGGGGGUCCUCGCGCCCUCGUCUCGCGGAGGGAGCGGCGACAUGGCGGGAAGUCCUUCCGCCACGGCGGCGGCGGCGGCGGUCACCUCGGUGCUGGGCAUGUACGCCAACCCGUACGCUCACAGCUACAGCGCUUUCCUGCCCUACACCAGCGCGGAUUUGGCUCUUUUCUCCCAAAUGGGAUCCCAGUAUGACCUGAAGGAGAGCCCUGGCGUUCACCCUGCCAGCUUCGCCGCCCACACCUCCCCCGCCUUCUACCCGUACGGCCAGUUCCAGUACGGCGACCCGGCGCGGCCCAAGAACGCCACCCGGGAGAGCACCAGCACGCUGAAGGCCUGGCUCAACGAGCACCGGAAGAACCCCUACCCCACCAAAGGAGAGAAGAUCAUGCUGGCCAUCAUCACCAAGAUGACCCUGACGCAGGUCUCCACCUGGUUCGCCAACGCCAGGAGGAGGCUCAAGAAGGAGAACAAGGUGACGUGGGGCACGAGGAGCAAAGAGGACGAGGAGGACGGCCACCUGUUCGGCAGCGGGGACGAGGCGGAGAAAAACGAAGACGAGGAGGAGAUCGAUUUGGAGAGCAUCGAUAUAGACAAAAUCGACGAUAACGACGGGGAUCAGAGCAACGAGGAGGACGACGAGAAGUCAAACGAGGCGAGCAGGGACCUCCGGGGGGGAUGCGGGGGGGAGCUGGACAGCUUGGAAAAGAGACGGGCCUUCGCCCUUCAGGCGCACGACGCCUUGGACAAAUCAAAGAGCGCCAUUUCGCUUCAUCCAGGGAGUAAAGAGACGUCGGACGGCAACAAUAACAACACCACAAGAGUGUUGUCCCCCGACAGACCCGGGAGCUUUCCGCUCCCACCGAACAAUAAACCCAAAAUAUGGUCCCUGGCGGAGACCGCCACCAGCCCCGACAGUUCCGUGCAGAAAUCCACGUCCCCGUCGGGACCCCCGAGCGCCCCCCACCCCUCAGCGCCCCACCACCAAAUCCAGGCCCAUCCGGCCUUCCUGCCCAGUCACGGACUCUACACUUGCCAGAUUGGGAAGUUCCACAACUGGACGAACGGCGCUUUCCUGGGGCAGAACUCUCUGCUGAAUGUGAGGUCUUUUCUUGGAGUAAAUCAACACCAUCACCAUCACCACAACCAUCAUUUGCCGGCUCAGCAGCAGCAGCAGCAGCAGCAGCAGCAGCAGCAGCAGCAGACGUCGGUGGUGGUGUCGCCGCUGACAGCUGCAGCAGCGCUCAGCAAUGACAGCAAGGUGUCACAGGAGACCCACAGUCCCAAACAUAUAGAUCACGAACACGACGUAAGAAGUGAUUCGCCUCCAACACAGCCCCUGAAGUCUUCCUUUCGACCACUACACGACAGAUCCUCCCUGCCUCCCAGCACCAGGAGUCCAGAAGCCACACAACGGGUCCUCACCGCUCUCUCCUCGGCCUGAUCAAGACGUUAUUGUGCUUCUGAUACCCCCCGGAUAAAAGACAAAAAGAAAAAAAAAAGAAAGAAAGAAAGAAGAAAAAGACUUCAUACACACUCCUAAGAGGACAAUGAAAACUAUAAUGCAGCCUAGCAUUCAGUCGGUACAGAACAAAUGAACAAAUGACGUAACUUGGUAAUAUCCUGUGGAUGGAUGGAUUACUUCCUCUAUUAUUGUGUAGCCUAUAAUCACGCCCAUGUUACACCCCCCCCUCUCCACUUUACCCAGGCUGGCUGGGACAUUUUGGUAGGCUUUUUUUUAAAUUUUAUUUUAUGUUUGUCUCUAUCUUGUGUUUUUGGUGUCUUCCUUUAAUGUAAAUACCAGGUGGUUUAAAUUUGUAAAUAGCGCGUUGAAGGAAUUUGUCCAGAUCGUAUAUUUUGCCUAAUAAACAAAAUGAAAUUAUAGAGAAAAUCA